AUGGCUUUUCCUCCACCGCCGCCACCGCCUCCACCAGGCCCUCCAGGUGCUGGAUACGCGCCGCCACCACCACCGCCUCCGCCAGGUCCUCCGGGCUCCGGAUAUGCGCCGCCGCCGCCGCCUCCCCCAGGACCACCAGGUGCGCCUGGUACAGUAGGCCCUCCCGGCAUGCGGCCACCUGUCGACCCGCAAGUUGCGAAGUUUGCACAAAAGAAGAAGGACUGGUUACGGCAACAGCGCCAAAGGUUCGGCGAGAAGCGCAAGGCAGGAUUCGUUGAGACACAGAAGGCGGAUCUGCCCCCGGAGCAUCUGCGCAAGGUGUUUAGGGAUAUCGGCGAUGUGUCCCAGAAGAAAUUCACCACGGACAAGCGAAGUUAUCUCGGUGCGCUCAAGUUCAUGCCGCACGCGGUUCUGAAGCUUCUGGAGAACAUGCCCAUGCCUUGGGAGAGUAGACGAGACGUAAAAGUCCUCUACCACACCAACGGAUGUUUAACCCUGGUCAACGAGGUCCCUCGUGUGAUCGAGCCCGUCUUCCACGCACAAUGGGCAGCCAUGUGGCUGGCUAUGAGGAAGGAGAAGAGCGACCGCCGACACUUCAAGCGUAUGCGCUUCCCGCCUUUCGACGACGAAGAGCCGCCCCUGUCGUACUCGGAGAACAUCGAAGACGUUGAGCCCCUGGAGCCUAUUCAGCUGGAGCUGGACGAGGAUGAAGAUAGCCCUGUGUACGAGUGGUUCUACGAACACCGUGCACUUCUCGAUACCCCACAUGUCAACGGACCCAGCUACGAGACCUGGAACCUCGACCUGCCUCAGAUGGCAACGCUAUACCGUCUGAGCAAACAGCUUCUCAGCGAUAUUGUUGACAAGAACUACUUCCACAUGUUUGACAUGGACAGCUUCCAGACAGCCAAGGCACUCAAUGUCGCGAUACCCGGAGGACCCCGCUUCGAACCAUUGUAUAAGGACAUCGACCCGAACGACGAGGAUUUUGGCGAGUUCAACGCCAUUGACCGCAUCAUCUUCCGAUCACCUAUCCGAACCGAGUACCGCGUUUCAUACCCAUACCUCUACAACUCUCUGCCGCGAAGUGUCAAGCUGGCUUGGUAUUCUCACCCGCAGGUCGUGUACGUUCGUGCGGAGGAUCCGGAUUUGCCAGCCUUUUACUUCGAUCCUGGAAUUAACCCAAUCUCUUCAAGAGCUGUCGCACCAAAGAACAUCUCUGUAAGCCAUGAGGAUUUGGUCUUCGGUGAAGAUGAUGAGGACGAUGAGGAUGACUUCCAGAUGCCCGAAGAGAUGGAGCCGUUCAUGGCCGACGAGGAGAUCUCUACUCCAGAGACUGCUUCAGCCAUCGCGCUUUGGUGGGCACCCCACCCAUUCGACAAGCGAUCAGGUCGUAUGGUGCGGGCACAGGACGUUCCCCUCGUAAAGCAGUGGUACCUUGAGCACGUUCCUGCGGGUCAGCCCGUCAAGGUCCGGGUCUCUUACCAGAAGUUGCUGAAGACGUUUGUUUUGAACGAGCUCCACAAGAAGCCGCCACAAGCACAAAACAAGCAGAAUUUGAUGCGAACACUCAAGAGCACCAAAUUCUUCCAACAGACCAAGAUCGAUUGGGUAGAGGCCGGUCUGCAGGUGUGCCGACAAGGUUACAACAUGCUCAACCUUCUCAUCCAUCGCAAGAACUUGACCUACUUGCAUCUUGACUACAACUUCAACUUGAAGCCCGUCAAGACCCUCACUACCAAGGAGCGCAAGAAGUCACGUUUCGGAAACGCUUUCCAUCUCAUGCGUGAAAUUCUGAGGUUAACGAAGCUCAUUGUUGAUGCUCAAGUCCAGUACCGUCUAGGCAACAUCGACGCCUUCCAACUCGCCGAUGGUAUCCUUUACGCAUUCAAUCACGUCGGUCAGCUGACUGGUAUGUACCGUUACAAGUACAAGCUGAUGCACCAGAUUCGUUCCUGCAAAGAUCUGAAGCAUUUGAUUUACUACCGAUUCAACUCUGGCCCUGUCGGUAAGGGUCCUGGAUGUGGUUUCUGGGCUCCUGCUUGGAGAGUUUGGCUAUUCUUCAUGCGCGGUAUCAUUCCUCUGCUGGAGCGCUGGCUCGGAAACCUGCUCUCUCGUCAAUUUGAGGGCAGACACAGCAAGGGUGUUGCAAAGACCGUCACCAAGCAACGUGUUGAGUCGCAUUUCGACUUGGAGCUCCGCGCUGCUGUCAUGAGUGAUCUCAUGGACAUGAUGCCCGAGGGCAUCAAGCAAAACAAGGUCAACACUGUUCUGCAACAUUUGUCAGAGGCAUGGCGUUGCUGGAAGAGUAACAUCCCUUGGAAGGUACCAGGCCUGCCAGCCCCCAUCGAGAACAUCAUCUUGCGCUACGUCAAGAGCAAGGCAGAUUGGUGGAUCUCGGUUGCACACUACAACCGUGAGCGUAUUCGACGAGGUGCCACUGUUGACAAGACUGUGGCCAAGAAGAACCUGGGUCGAUUGACGCGUCUCUGGCUCAAGGCCGAGCAGGAACGUCAGCACAAUUACAUGAAGGACGGUCCUUACGUCUCUUCAGAAGAAGCUGUCGCCAUAUAUACGACCAUGGUGCACUGGCUUGAGGCUCGCAAGUUCCAGCCAAUUCCCUUCCCAAGUGUCUCUUACAAGCACGACACGAAGAUUCUCAUCCUGGCCCUAGAGCGUCUCAGGGAAGCGUACUCCGUCAAGGGCCGACUCAACCAGAGCCAGCGUGAAGAGUUGGCUCUUAUUGAGCAGGCUUACGAUUCUCCGGGCACUACUCUUGCGCGCAUCAAGCGCUUCUUACUCACACAGCGUGCUUUCAAGGAAGUGGGUAUCGAUAUGAACGAUAAUUACAGCAACAUCAACCCUGUGUACGAUAUUGAACCCAUGGAGAAGAUCACCGACGCCUAUCUCGACCAAUACCUAUGGUACCAGGCUGAUCAGCGGCAUCUGUUCCCGGCCUGGAUCAAGCCUUCCGACUCUGAAGUCCCGCCUCUUCUGACCUACAAGUGGGCCCAGGGAAUUAACAACCUUGACAAGGUCUGGGAGAGCCAAGACGGAGAGUGCAACGUCAUGAUCGAGACCCAGCUGUCGAAGGUCUAUGAGAAGAUUGAUCUCACCAUGCUGAACCGUUUGUUGCGACUCAUCAUGGACCACAACUUGGCCGAUUACAUCACAGCGAAGAACAACGUGCAACUCAACUACAAGGACAUGAACCACGUCAACGCGUACGGUAUGAUCCGUGGUUUGCAAUUCUCUGGUUUCGUCUUCCAGUUCUAUGGUCUCGUACUGGAUAUCCUCCUUCUAGGCUUGCAGCGUGCGAACGAGAUUGCCGGUGCACCAGAGAGCCCCAACGACUUCUUGCAAUUCAAGGACAAGGAGACUGAGGUCCGCCACCCGAUCCGACUGUACACCAGGUACAUUGACCGCAUCUGGGUUUUCUUCAGGUUCACUGCUGAGGAGUCUCGCGAUCUGAUUCAACGUUUCCUCACUGAGAACCCAGAUCCCAACUUCGAGAACGUCAUUGGAUAUAAGAACAAGAAGUGCUGGCCGCGUGACUCUAGGAUGCGACUGAUGCGACACGAUGUCAACCUUGGUCGCGCAGUCUUCUGGGAUCUCAAGAACCGCCUACCCCGAUCGGUCACUACGAUCGAGUGGGACGACACCUUCGCUAGUGUCUACAGUCGCGACAACCCUAACUUGCUGUUCUCCAUGAACGGUUUCGAAGUCCGUAUCCUGCCCAAGAUCCGCAACUUGACUGGCGAAUUCCCUGUUAAGGACAGCGUGUGGUCUCUCGUCGACAACUCCACCAAGGAGCGUACCGCGGAUGCCUUCUUGCAGGUGACCGAAGAAGAUAUUCAGAAGUUCAACAACCGCAUUCGACAAAUUCUGAUGUCUUCUGGAUCUACUACAUUCACGAAGAUUGCGAACAAGUGGAACACGACUCUCAUUGCGCUCUUCACCUACUAUCGUGAGGCUGCGGUGUCCACCGUCAACCUACUCGAUACGAUUGUGAAGUGCGAGACCAAGAUUCAGACACGUGUGAAGAUUGGUCUAAACUCCAAGAUGCCUUCGCGUUUCCCUCCUGCUGUGUUCUACACGCCCAAGGAACUUGGUGGUCUGGGUAUGAUUUCUGGAUCUCACAUUCUUAUCCCAACCAGCGAUAAGAGAUGGUCAAAGCAGACCGACACUGGUGUCACGCAUUACCGUGCAGGUAUGGAAUUACCCCGUAUAAAAUGGUCCGAAACUUAUGCUAACUUGAUAGGUAUGUCGCACGAUGAGGAGACUCUGAUCCCUAACAUCUUCCGAUACAUCAUCCCAUGGGAGUCUGAGUUCGUCGACUCCCAACGUGUCUGGAUGGAAUACUCCCAGAAGCGUCAAGAGGCACAGCAACAGAACCGCCGACUAACCCUUGAGGAUCUGGAGGACAGCUGGGACCGUGGUCUCCCUCGUAUUAACACCCUAUUCCAGAAGGACCGCAGUACCCUCAGUUUCGACAAGGGUUUCCGCGCACGGACCGAGUUCAAGAUUUACCAACACAUGAAGAGCAACCCCUUCUGGUGGACCAGCCAACGCCACGACGGUAAAUUAUGGAAUCUUAACGCGUACAGAACAGAUGUAAUCCAGGCGUUGGGUGGUGUAGAGACCAUCCUGGAGCAUACUUUGUUCAAGGCAACGGCCUUCCCGUCGUGGGAGGGUCUCUUCUGGGAAAAAGCAUCAGGUUUUGAGGAGUCUAUGAAAUUCAAGAAGCUCACCAACGCCCAACGUUCCGGUCUUAACCAGAUUCCUAACCGUCGCUUCACACUGUGGUGGUCACCUACCAUCAACCGAGCCAACGUGUACGUUGGUUUCCAGGUCCAACUCGAUCUCACUGGUAUCUUCUUGCACGGCAAGAUCCCCACCCUCAAAAUUUCGCUCAUCCAGAUUUUCCGUGCCCAUUUGUGGCAGAAGAUCCAUGAGUCCGUCGUCAUGGACUUAUGCCAGGUCUUCGACCAAGAGCUCGAGGCUCUCGGUAUCGAGACGGUUCAGAAGGAGACUAUCCAUCCGCGAAAGUCGUACAAGAUGAACAGUUCUUGUGCUGAUAUUCUCCUCUUCGCCAGCCACAAGUGGAGCGUAUCACCACCGUCUAUGCUUUACGACACCAAGGACACCAUGAGCGCCACUACGACAAACAAAUUCUGGAUUGACGUUCAACUGCGAUACGGUGACUACGAUUCUCACGACAUUGAGCGUUACGUCCGCGCCAAGUACCUCGACUACACUCAGGACAGUAUGAGCAUCUACCCGUCCGCUACUGGUCUCAUGAUCGGUAUCGACCUGGCUUACAACUUGUACUCUGCAUACGGACAAUACUUCCCUGGUCUUAAGCAACUCGUUCAACAGGCCAUGGCAAAGGUCAUGAAGGCUAACCCUGCGCUCUAUGUCCUCCGCGAGCGUAUCAGGAAGGGUCUUCAGCUGUACGCAUCUGAGAGUUCUCAAGAGUUCCUCAACUCACAGAACUACUCUGAGCUGUUCAGCAACCAGAUCCAGCUGUUCAUCGACGAUACCAAUGUCUACCGUGUGACAAUCCACAAGACCUUCGAGGGUAACUUGACGACCAAGCCUAUCAACGGUGCUAUCUUCAUCUUCAACCCUCGUACUGGACAACUGUUCUUGAAGAUUAUCCAUACUAGUGUUUGGGCUGGUCAGAAGCGUCUUGGUCAACUAGCCAAGUGGAAGACGGCCGAGGAAGUAGCGGCUCUUAUCCGGUCUCUGCCUGUGGAAGAGCAGCCGAAGCAGCUCAUCGUCACUCGUAAGGGUCUGCUUGACCCUCUUGAGGUGCACUUGCUUGACUUUCCCAACAUCUCCAUCCGAGCUUCGGAACUGCAACUGCCCUUCCAGGCGGCUAUGAAGGUCGAGAAGCUCGGUGACAUGAUCCUACGAGCGACUGGACCUCAGAUGGUGCUCUUCAACCUGUACGACGAAUGGCUGAAGACCAUCUCCUCAUACACGGCCUUCUCUCGUCUGAUCCUUAUCUUGCGUGCCCUGCACGUCAACCAGGACAAGACCAAGCUACUGCUGCGUCCAGACAAGACUGUCAUCACACAGGAGCAUCACAUCUGGCCUUCACUAGCUGACGAAGACUGGAUCAAGGUGGAAGUCCAACUUCGAGAUCUCAUCUUGCUCGACUACGGCAAGAAGAACAAUGUCAACACUUCAUCGCUCACCAGUAGUGAAGUGCGUGACAUUAUCCUGGGUAUGGAGAUCUCAGCUCCUUCGAUGCAACGUCAACAGGCUGCCGAGAUCGACAAGCAGCAAGAGGAGCAACAGCAAUUGACUGCCGUCACGACUAAGACGCAGAACAUCCACGGUGAAGAGAUGGUUGUUACGACUACAUCGCAGUACGAGCAGGCAUCCUUCGCCUCCAAGACCGAGUGGCGGACGAGGGCUGUGGCUACUUCCAACUUGCGCACUCGUGCGAACAACAUCUACAUCAACUCUGAGGAUGUCAAGGAGGAGGGUCACUUCACGUACGUCAUGCCCAAGAACGUACUGAAGCGCUUCAUCACCAUCGCCGAUCUCCGUGUCCAAGUUGCCGGUUACCUGUACGGAAAGUCGCCAGCGGACAACGACCAAGUCAAGGAGAUCAGCACCAUCGUCAUGAUUCCUCAAGUAGGUAACACCCGCGAUGUCCAGCUGCCUAAGGAGCUGCCCAACCAUGAGUACCUGGACAAUCUCGAGCCCCUCGGAAUCAUCCACACUGUCAGUGGCAACGAGCCGCCAUACAUGCAAGCCAGCGACGUCACCCAGCACGCUCGUCUCAUGAACCAGCACCCUAGCUGGGACAAGAAGACUGUCUCAAUGACUGUAUCCUUCACCCCUGGUUCUGUUUCCCUCGCUGCAUGGGCCCUCACUCCUGACGGCUACAAGUGGGGUGCUCAGAACAAGGACACCAUGUCUGACAACCCAACUGGUUUCAGCACCAGCUUCGGUGAGAAGUGCCAGUUGCUACUAUCAGACAAGAUCCGAGGUUACUUCCUCGUACCAGACAACGGCGUCUGGAACUACAGCUUCAUGGGCAGCACAUUCGGUACCGUGGAGAAGAGGCCAGUUCAUGUGCGUCUCGACACACCUGUACGCUUCUACGACAGUAUUCAUCGCCCAUUGCACUUCCAUAACUUUGCCGAGUUGGAGGAUGUCUGGGUCGACCGCGAGAACCAGUUUGAGUAG